AUGAGUACGCCACGCUCUCGAGAAGAUAUUCAUGCACUGAUAGCUCUGGGUAUCACACUGGUUGUUACUUUGACGGAAGAAGAACCACUACCAGCGGAAUGGUUCGAGGACACGCCUUGCCGGAAUCUAUUUUUGCCCGUACGAAACUACCAAGCACCUACGAACAAGCAAGUGGAUACGUUCAUCAAUUCCGUGGAUGACUUACCAAUCGAAGAAGCUGCAUUGGUUCAUUGCGGUGGCGGAAAGGGUCGUGCUGGCACUUUUGCUGCUUGUUACCUCAUGGCUAGAGGGUUUGAUCUAGCGCCUGUGCGCAGUUAUGAUGGCAAGGAAUAUGUUCACAUGUAUUCUGGAGAUGCCAUGAAGCUCUUGCGUCACAUGCGACCUGGCAGUAUCGAGACAACAGCACAAGAGACGUUUAUCAGGGAUUAUUGCCAGUACCUCAUAAGCGGCCGGAAGAAAGUCGCCAUCUCAGAGACUUCACUGCCUGAGCUACAAGCUCCACUCGAGCUGGAUGGAAAACUGCCUGAGUCUCCUUCCUUGAUUGUAUGCUGCGGCAUACCUGGUUCGGGAAAAAGCACGUUUGCAUCAAAGCUCGCAACUCUUGGGUAUACUAUCAUAUCCCAAGAUGAAUUAGGCAGCAAAUCUGCUUGUCUCAAUGCUUUGUCCAAUGCCCUGGAGAAUGAGCAGAGGAUAAUCUUAGACAGAUGCAACCCAUAUGUUGAUGAUAGAGAGCAAUGGUUGGCACAUGCAUUCCACCCGAAUGACGCGCUUUGUGUCCAUUUCGCUGUCGAGCCCGAGGUGUGUGUCAGAAGAGCUGACGCCCGAACAAAUCAUCCAACCAUUGCGCCAGGGAGAGCGAAGCGAAUUGUGCAUUCAUUCGUCAAAACCUUUGUCCCACCGACCAGAAAGGAGAGGUUUGCUUGCAUUGCCCGAGUAUCAUCAAGUGGCGCUGCUUCUGAACUUCUUUUAGAGCUUGGCGUCUCUGAGGAAGAUUUGAUUCAAGCAGAUGUUGUUCCUCAACUAAUCGACGCAGUUCAGGAAACCAACCCCGUCUCAGCAUCGGACAAUCCCCAGAGACCGUUCAUCCACAAGUUUCCUCGAACAAGACAUCUCUUCAACAUCGGCUCUACAUCGCGCGACGAUCUAAUUCUAUCCUCUUCUGACGCUCAAGCCUUCCUUCAUUCAUCUGACCCAUCCACAACGAUUGUUGUCGAAGAGAAAGUGGAUGGCGCAAACCUCGGCAUUAGUAUCGACUCGUCUGGCGCUUUCAAAGUGCAAAAUCGGUCGCACUAUGUUAACAGCAAAUCGCAUGCUCAAUUUAAGAAGCUGGAUAAGUGGUUGGAUGAUCAUCAUGAAGCCUUGAGCACUAUACUGGAGACCUCGAACAGUCAACCUGAAAGAUGGAUAUUAUACGGCGAGUGGCUUUUCGCCAAACACUCUAUCCACUACACCAACCUCCCAGACUUGUUCCUCGCUUUCGAUCUGUUCGACUCCGAAAUAGGUACUUUCUUGAGUAGAGAUGCAUUGAGUGAAAGGAUUAGAGGUACAAACAUACACCAAGUCGGUCGCCUUGAGGUAGAGUGUCUGAACGAGCAGUCACUGCUUGAGCUAGUGCGAACACAUCAGUCAAGCUAUUAUGAGGGCGUUAUAGAAGGAGUCUAUCUUCGCAGACAGAAGGACGGCAAGACCAUUGACCGCGCGAAGAUUGUGCGGUCGGACUUUAUUGCAGGAGACGAGCAUUGGAACCGUAGAGGCGUGGUACCAAACACCGUCAUGGGCUAUCGCUGA